ACACCUAAUUACUUGCACUUUCCUAGCUAGUUCCCAUCGCACACUAUAGUACUUGUGGUUCCCACUCUCUGGCUAGUUGACAUUAGUUUAUCCAUCUGCUGUUGUGGUUCCUUGCAUAAAAAUCUCUAUAUCAUUCAUACCGGAACAUAUUAUUCAAUUUUGUGUUGGUCUUCUUUUUUGAACACGUCUUUGACCUUGCAAAUUUGGAAACAUAUUCUGGAAUGGUAUACAACUAUACAAGUAUAUAUCCUAUAUUCAGAUGGCAAAGGAACAAGAGGAAGACUUACAAUGGGAAUGUCCAAAGUAUAUUUUGUUCACCUUCUUAUUCAAUUAUACUUCGUUCCCAUCAUAAUUUGCCAAACAGAUUUUACAUAUCAUUUUUGCAUCGACACAUACGAUAACUAUACUAACACUAGCGCAUACAAGGCCAAUCUCAAUACCGUCCUCUCCUCCAUAUCAUCCGACACUCAAACUGAUUCCGGCUAUUACAAUUUAUCUGUUGGCCAUGAUCCCAAUACAGUUAACGCAAUUGCUUUGUGCAGAGGCGACAUAACAGCCCAAGAAUGCCAUAGAUGCCUGAAUGACUCUGCUAAUAAGCUUCCUCAAGUCUGCCCAACACAAAAGGAGGCUGUCGGGUGGUAUGAAUUAUGUAUGCUGCGCUACUCAAAUCGCAGCAUCUUGGGAAUCAGUGAUGUACAACAUGUUUACUUCUUGAACAACGUAAAUAAUGUGAGCAAUGUUGACGAGUUCAACCGGGUGCUGGGAAAUCUACUUGGCAGCCUUCAAAGUGAAGCGGCAUCAGGCAAUUCUCUUCUAAAGUUUGCAACAGGACAAGCUAAUGUUGGAGACUAUGAUAGAGUUUACGCACUUGCUCAAUGCUCUCCAGAUUUGGGAGUUCAGAGUUGCACAAAUUGUCUUGGCUCAUUAAUUCGUUUACUUCCAAAUUGUUGCGCUAGUAAACAGGGAUCGCGAGUUGCAGGACCAAGUUGUGCGAUUAGAUAUGAGAUGUACCUGUUUUAUAACCUGCCUAGUCCUCCUCCACCAUCGCCAGCAUUAUUCCCUCCUCCACCAUUGCCAGCAUUAUUCCCUCCUCCAUCAUCAUCUAAUUCCUCCAUCUCUACAGGAAAUGGGAGCAACACAGCGAAGAUUGCUAUCGGAAUCGCAGUUCCAAUAGCUUUGAUUGUUGCUUUUACUGUUGGCUUCUGGAUUUUGUGUAGAAAGCCCCGGAAAAGAGUUGAAGGGUCUCCUUCUUCUCACUAUCAAGAUGAAUAUGAGGAGAGCAAGAGUUUACAGUCUUUACAAUUUGGUUUUGACACCAUAAGAUUGGCAACAGACAAUUUCUCAGAUGCUAAUAAAGUCGGCCGAGGUGGAUUUGGUACAGUUUAUAAGGGAACUUUAGCAAAUAGACAAGAAAUCGCAGUGAAGAGACUUUCAACAGAUUCUGGACAAGGUGACGGUGAAUUCAAGACAGAGGUUCUAUUAGUAGCUAAGCUUCAACACAGGAAUCUGGUUAAGCUCCUAGGCUUCUGCUUAGAAGAAAAGGAAAGAAUUCUCAUAUACGAGUUUGUUCCUAACGCAAGCCUGGAUCACUUCUUGUUCGAUGUAAGCAAGCGAUCAUAUCUGAACUGGGAAACACGCUACAAGAUCAUAACAGGCAUAGCUCGUGGACUGCUAUAUCUUCAUGAAGAUUCUCGACUAAGAAUCGUCCAUCGUGACCUUAAAGCUAGCAACAUACUUCUAGAUGUUGAUAUGAAUCCAAAGAUAGCAGAUUUUGGCAUGGCGAGGUUAUUUGGAGCUGACCAAACUCAAGAAAACACUAGCAGAGUUGUUGGUACCUAUGGAUAUAUGGCUCCAGAAUAUGUACUUCAUGGAUUCUUCUCCUUAAAAUCCGAUGUCUAUAGCUUUGGCGUAUUGGUUUUGGAAAUAAUUACAGGUCGAAAGAAUAGAGGCUCUCAAAAUGGUGAAUAUGUUGUAGAGGACCUCUUAAGCUUUGUAUGGAGGAAUUGGAGAGAAGGUACAGCUACGCAUAUUGUGGAUCCAACACUAUCAACAGGGUCACAGACUGACAUUAUAAGAUGCAUCCACAUGAGCUUGUUAUGUGUUCAAGAAUGCGUCGAAAACCGGCCAACUAUGUCUUCUGUGGUGUUGAUGCUUAGCAGCGACUCUUUCAGUCUUCCUGUGCCUUCCCAUCCUGCAUUCGUUACACAUACUGCUAGUAUCGUUGUGCACCACAACAUUGAUGAUGCUAGGGACAAACCGCUAGAGAAUCCUUCAUCCAACGAGCAUUCGAUCACUGACCUCUAUCCACGAUAAGGAAAUGGGAGCAACACGUUGGAGCUUGCAAUCCUAAUCAUAGUUGCAACAGUUAUAUCUGUUGCUCUUGCAGUUGGCUUCAUUUACUUGUAUAGAAGCAAGAAGUCAUUGGAGAAGUGUGAAA